AUGCAGCCCCAGCGACGCCUGCGUGAGUCCCUCACGCCCCAGCAGCUGCGUGAGUGGUACGCUGGUUGGGGCUGUAGGGGUGGCGACGCUACUCCUACUACCACUCCUGCUGCUUCUACUCGUGGUGGCGGCCAGCUGCAACUCCCGCGACCCUCUCGCGUGUCUUUCACGCCUCGCCAGCUUCGUGAGUGUGCUGACCGUGCCGGUCACCUGUGCGUCCCGCCUGACCCAGGUAUAGGACCUGCUGCUCUAGCUACUGGUGAGGCUGCUGCUCUGGGUGCUAGUGAGUCUCCUGCUCUAGGUACAGGUGCGGCUGCUGCUCUAGGUGCUAGUGAGUCUGCUUCCUCACGUGCGGGUGAGGCUGCGCUCUCAGGUACCGCGUUGGCUUCGGCCUCCCUCACCUUUACACUUGACUCUGGGGCUUCUCGCUCCUUCUUUCGGGACCGCACCACACUCACACCGCUUGGUCGGCCGGUUGCAGUCUCCCUGGCUGACCCCUCUGGGGGUCCUGUCCUCGCUCACUUCUCCACUGUCCUCCCGUGUCCGGAUGCCCCCUCGGGCACCCUGUCUGGCCUGUACCUCCCCUCGUUCUCGACGAACUUGGUGAGUGGUGCAGACCUACAGGAUGCGGGGGUUCACCAGUUCACUCCUGCGAGUCAGCGGGUGACCCACCGCACGGACGCACGCACAGGCCGGCACCUGGCCACGUUCUCGCGUCGGCCGGGGUCGAGCCUCUACACCCUGACCACUGAGUCUCCUCCUGUCCCCGCGUCCGGUCAGGUAGCAGCGUCGGGUCAGGUGUUUGCUGCUGCGUCCAGGUCUGGUCCUGAGUCUGCCCCCUGUUCGUGUCGCCUCCUGUCUCACGAGACUCUUCUGUGGCACCACCGUCUAGGCCACCCCUCCUUGCCCCGUCUUCGGGGCAUGGCUUCCCGUGUCCUUGUCUCUGGUCUUCCCCAGUCUCUCCCUCCCCUUCCUUCGGGACCAGGACCUUCCUGUGUCCCCUGUGUCGAGGGGCGCCUCAGGGCUGCUCCUCACUCCUCCCAGUUUCCCCCGACAGAGGCUCCUCUGCAGACGCUUCACAUGGACGUGUGGGGCCCGGCCCCCGUCCGUGGGCAGGGUCACGAGCGCUACUUCCUGUUGGUGGUUGACGACUUCUCGCGUUACACCUCAGUCUUCCCCUUGCGCAGCAAGGGUGCUGUCACUGAGGUGCUGAUCGACUGGAUCCGCGAGGCUCGUCUCCAGCUCAGGAGGAACUUCGGCUCGGACUUUCCUGUUCUGCGUCUGCACUCUGACCGAGGUGGGGAGUUCUCCUCUCGCCUUCUGCGAGACUACUGUCGUGCACAGGGGAUCCGCCAGACCUUUACGCUUCCGGACUCUCCGCAGCAAAAUGGGAUUGCUAAGCGCCGCAUUGGCAUGGUCAUGGACGUCGCUCGUACGUCCAUGAUGCAUGCGGCUGCCCCCCAUUUUCUGUGGCCGUUUGCGGUUCGGUACGCGGCGCAUCAGCUCAACCUUCACCCCAGGGUCUCUCGGCCCGCGAUGUCCCCAGUGUUACUGUGGACGGGGAAGGUCGGCGAUGCGUCUGCGUUCCGUGUCUGGGGAUCUCGGGCUUUUACCACCCCUCCUCUCGUCGUGUUCUGUCCUCCCAUGACGUCACGUUCGACGAGUUCUGCCGGUCCCGGAGGUGCUGGGCCUGCGGGUCCUACUGGAGCUGGAGCUACUGAGUCUGGGGGUGCUGAGUCUGGAGCUGCUGAGCCUGGAGGUGCUGAGUCUGGAGCUGCUGAGCCUGAGGAUGCUACGUCUGGAGCUGCUGUGCCUGGGGGUGCUGAGUCUGGAGCUGCUGAGCCUGGGGUUUCUCCUGCUGCUGCGUCUCGCCGGGAGCCCCUCUCUCCACAGGAGCUGCGCGAGUGGUUUGCUUGCCGCUGGAGGAGUGCUGUUGGAGCUAGAGCUUCGUCGACCGUCGAGGGUGCUGGUGCUGCCGGUCCCGGAGCUGCUGGGCCUGCGGGUCCUACUGGAGCUGGAGCUGCUGAGGGUGUUGGUCCUGAGACUACUGCUGUCUGUCCUGACGGUGGUUCUGCUGCUGGUGCUGCUGGAGGUCCUGCCGCUGGAGGUGUUGGUGGCGCUGGUGCUAUCGCUGAGGGUGCUGGUGCUGUCCCUGCUGAGUCUGGAGCUGCCGCGCGGCCUCGGCCGUACUUCGUUCCGCUCCUACAGCAGGUUCUUGGUCUUUCUCCUUCGGUAGAGUGUCCACAGCCUGUCCAGUCGCAGUCACUGUUGGAGCCUUCCUCUCCUCUGCCUGCUCCCUCUCCUUACACUGGUCCUAUUGGAGGUCUUGCUGAGCGUCGUGAGCCUGCGUCUCGUCCCGCGUCGCCGGUUCGUGCUGCUUGCGCUAGUGGUCGCGGUUCGCGUCAGCGUCCUCCUCCUGUCCCUGGCACGCACCGGAUGUCUCUGCGUCCGUCCACUGCUCCUCUGCGUGCCCCUUUGCCUUCUCCUCCUGAGUCCUCUCUUCCUGCGCUUGCCGACCCUGAGUCGGACUCUCUUCGCGCUGCCAGUCCUACUGUCACGCGUCUUCUUGCUACUGUCGUCACUGACCCCUCUUUUGAGUCCACUGCUGCGUCUGCUCUAGUCGCUGAGCUCGUUGACUUUGCUGCUCCCUGUCGUCUCGACUACGCUGCUAGUCUUGUUGCUGAGUCUGCGUCUGUCUGUCCUCCGUCCGUCGGGGGUGAGUGUGCUCUUGGCACGGACGUCCUAGAGGACAGGCAGGAGGAGUUACAGUGUCUAGCGGCUGCUUCACCUCAUCUCGCGUCUGUACUGCUUGCCCCUGAGGGAGACCCGGAUGCACUAGACAUCCCGACUCCGCGUUCUUACGCGGAGGCCGUAGAGGGUCCCUACUCCUCUCAGUGUGGCAUGUGGAUCUUCAGGGUGAAGCGGCCGCCGGGCUCUCCACUUGUUUUCAAGGCGCGGUACGUUGCUCGUGGCUUCAGUCAGCGGCAGGGAGUUGACUACUUUCAGACCUUCUCUCCCACCCCGAAGAUGACCACUCUUCGUGUGCUGCUGCACAUAGCCGCUCAGCGCGACUACGAGCUUCACUCACUCGACUUCAGCACUGCAUCCCUGCAGGGUAGCCUGCACGAGGAGAUCUGGCUGCGCCGUCCACCUGGCUUCACUGGGACUUUCCCUCCUGGCACCCAAAGGAGCCUCCGACGGCCAGUCUACGGUCUGCGCCAGGCACCGCAUGAGUGGCACGACACACUGAGGACUACGCUUGCGGCUCUUGGGUUUGCUCCUUCUACUGCUCACCCGUCGCUGUUUCUGCGCACUGACACUUCACUGCCGCCGUUCUACAUCCUCGUGUAUGUCGACGACUUGGUCUUUGCCACAGCGGACACUGCUGGACUCGCCUACGUGAAGUCCGAACUGCUGAAGAGACACAUGUGCACAGACCUGGGUGAACUGCGCAGCUACCUUGGCUUGCAGAUCACUCGGGACAGAGCACGCCGCACCAUUACCUUGACUCAGUCACACAUGGUGCAGCAGGUCCUUCAGCGCUUCGGCUUCACGUACUCCUCGCCUCAGGCCACUCCUCUGCCUACUCGCCACUCGCUCUCAGCUCUGCCUUCGGAUGAGUCCGUAGAGUCGAGUGGUCCGUAUGCAGAGCUUGUUGGCUGCCUCAUGUACCUGAUGACCUGCACUCGACCUGACCUUGCAUACCCUCUGAGCGUCCUUGCACGCUAUGUUGCUCCUGGGAGACUACGACCAGAGCACAUGGCUGCAGCGAAGAGGGUAUUGCGCUACCUGUGCAGUACGUCGCGCAUGGGGCUAGUGCUUGGAGGGCGGAGUCCAGUGGUUUUUACAGGCCACGCGGACGCUUCUUGGGCUGACGACCAGGCUACGCAGCGGUCGUCACAGGGUUACACCUUCAGCCUUGGUUCCGGCUCUGUCUCGUGGCGGUCUACUCGCUCGUCUUCAGUUCUCGGCUCCAGUUGUGAGGCUGAGAUCUACGCCGGGGCCAUGGCUGCACAGGAGCUUCGCUGGCUCACCUACCUGCUGACUGACCUUGGAGAGCCGCCUCGUUCUUCUCCAGUGCUGUACGUAGACAACAAGGCCAUGCUGGUCUUGUGUUGA